GCAGCCUUUUCUUCAAACAGAACACAAGCAGAUUCGGAAUCGAACGGAGCUCAAAAGUGUAUUUCUCUUUCGCUUUCUUUGUGUGUGCUUGCUACUUACGAAAAUAGCAACCCGUGAAAAACAAUUGAAUCAAGGAGAAAAAGUGAUUUUAGGGGUUAUAAUCCGUGAGAACAUCUUCUGGUAGAGAACAACACACAAUGCCUAACAUCAAGCUGCAGUCGUCGGACGGAGAGGUUUUCGACACCGACGUCCAGAUCGCACAAUGUUCCGGAACGAUCAAAACAAUGCUGGAAGAUUUGGGUAUGGACGAGGGCGAGGAUGAGCCAGUCCCGCUGCCAAACGUAAACUCGGCUAUUUUGCGAAAGGUUCUGCAGUGGGCCACCUACCACAAGGAUGAUCCAGCACCGGCCGAGGAUGACGAGAACAAGGAGAAGCGCACCGACGACAUCAGCUCCUGGGAUGCGGACUUCCUGAAGGUAGAUCAGGGAACGCUGUUCGAGCUGAUUCUAGCCGCAAAUUAUCUGGACAUCAAAGGAUUGCUGGACGUUACGUGCAAGACAGUGGCUAAUAUGAUCAAGGGUAAAACCCCGGAGGAGAUUCGUAAAACAUUCAACAUUAAGAACGAUUUCACACCAGCCGAGGAGGAGCAAGUGCGCAAGGAGAAUGAGUGGUGUGAGGAGAAGUAAAUUCCUUUAUUGAUGGAAAGUUACGUUAAUUUUGUUUUAUUAUUUAACGAAUUAAACAAUUGAAUUCGUAAUCAAAAGCUAGGGGUUACAUUUUUGUUGAGAGUAGACACAACAAAGAGCAGAUAUAUUUGAACGACUAAUCAAAACAGAACGUAGGAAUCUUCAGCACAAGCUAAAUUUUCAGAUAAACUGAGAUUUUUUGUUUAAGAUGAUUUUUGUUUUUAGUCGCAGCAGUAGAUUCCAUUCACAUCCAAAAAUUAGAAAUGCAGUGUUAAUUCUACGUUUGAUGCAAAAAUAAAUACCAUUAUACAUAUAUAACAAAA